AUGAUGGCUCACCUGAAGCAGACUUUCUCAUCUGUGUUCAGCUGCUUUAGGGAAGCACCAUCUGUCUUUUGGGGCAUGGUGAGAUGGGACAGCUGCCUGGACACUGAUGAAGAGCAUGUGAAUUUUGCCAGAAGAGAUGAACUGAGCCAGGAGAGAGAGGAACCAGCUGGACCCCUGGACUCUGAGCUCGAUGUUCGUCACUGGGAUGCAGAAUCCAAGUCCCCAGCUCCCCUACCACAUGCCCAGGUCAAACUGAUCACCAGCUGGGAAGCAGGAUGGAAUGUGACAAAUGCCAUUCAGGGAAUAUUUGUCCUAGGAUUGCCAUAUGCUCUUCUCCACAGUGGAUACAGUGGGCUGUUUCUUAUCAUCUUGGCUGCAGCACUGUGCUGUUACACAGGCAAAACCCUGAUUGCUUGCCUGUAUGAGGAGAACGAAGAGGGGCAGCUCGUCAGAGUGAGAGACACCUACGAAGAUAUUGCCAACGCCUGCUGCAAGAAGCUCUCUCCCAGGCUAGGUGGCAUAGCUGUCAGUGUGACCCAAGUGACAGAGCUGCUCAUGACAUGCACUUUGUACCUGGUUGUAAGUGGCAACUUGCUGUCACACAGCUUUCCAGCUGCAGCGGUGCCUGAGGGAGCUUGGUCUGCACUCGCCUGUGCCGCGCUGCUGCCCUGUGUGUUCAUCAGGACUCUCAAACUCGUUUCCAAACUCAGCCAGCUGUGCUCCUUGGUGCAUUUCAUGGUGGUCCUCGUGGUGCUGACUUACUGUCUCACGCAGAUACAGCAGUGGUCCUGGGCAAAAUUCAGGCUCCUCGUUGAGUUUGAGGACUUCUUGGUCUCAGUAGGGGUGAUCAUUUUCAGCUACACUUCGCAGGUGUUUCUCCCCACCCUCGAAGGUAACAUGAGAGACCCAGGGGAGUUUAGGUGCAUGCUGAACUGGACUCACUUUCUUGCUUGUGUCUUGAAAACAACCUUUGCACUGACUGCAUUCUUGACCUGGGGUGAGGACACAAAGGAAGUUAUAACUGACAACCUGCCAGCCUCUCUUCAAACCCUGCUGAAUUUGUGUCUCUUAACCAAGGCUCUUCUCUCUUACCCUUUGCCCUUUUUUGCAGCCACAGAAAUUGUGUUUGUUUGCAUUUCUAGAGGCAACCAUUCCAAUUACAGACCUCCACUCUUUGCUCUGGCUGUAAGAGGCUCCUUCCUCCUGCUAACUCUGCUGAUGGCCGUGUUCAUACCGCAUUUUGCCCUGCUGAUGGGUUUAACAGGCAGUGUAACAGGUGCUGCUAUGACUUUUCUUCUCCCUUCUCUCUUCCAUCUAAAACUUCAGUGGAACAAACUCUCCUUCUUAGAGAAAUGUGCAGAUAUCUCUGUUUUCAUUCUGGGCUUCCUUUGUAGCCUAGCAGGCAUAGUCUGCUCAAUAAAAGGGCUGCUUGGGGCAUUUGGAAGAGCAUAA